UUCCAUUCAGGGGAACAUAUCCCGUGACAAUAACGGACUCCUUCAGGCAUUCCAAGACAUCUGAGGUAUUUCGGCUUUAAUCUCUUGAUUAUUUAUGCAUCAGUUUCAACGAAGCGCGCAUUAUAUGCACGCCGCUUUUAAUUUAAAAUUAAGGAAAGAAUGGGAUUAAGAAGUUGGCUUCUUUGCAAAUAUUUCAUUUGAAGCAAAAAAAAAAAAAAAAAAAACGGGUGACGUAAACCGGCGUUUAUUUCCCUCAGUCUGUUGACCGGCUAACUCAAUUAAAACUCGAAUGCAGGUAUUAUUCUGGUACAUGACGGAAGAGAAAUUAAGUUUAAAGCCUUCAGCCUGAAGUGCUCUUGGAUCACACAAGUUCGCAUCAGAAGAGCUCAUUGGAAAGGAAGAGUUUUAAGGAGUUAAGGAGUCGCACAGCAGGGGCCAAUGGGAGUGUGGAAGCUGGCCAAGGUGGUUCUCGGAUGGGCUGCGGUCUGGUGGGCCACGGUCUAUUCAGUGCAGGCACAAGGAGAUGGAGACAUCCAGGCCAGCCGAUUCACUGGAAAACCCGAGGGGGAGGUGCAACAGAGGGUCCGUCGGAGAGGCCAGGAGUCCCUCAGGGGGCCCAAUGUAUGUGGUUCCCGCUUUCACUCCUAUUGUUGUCCAGGAUGGAAAACCCUUCCCGCAGGGAACCAGUGUAUAGUUCCAAUCUGUAGGAACUCGUGUGGGGAUGGUUUUUGUUCGAGGCCCAACAUGUGCACAUGCUCCAGUGGUCAUCUUGCCCCUAGCUGUGGGGCGGCCGCAGUCCAGUCCUGCAGCGUCAGAUGUAUGAAUGGAGGGAUCUGUAAUGAAGACGCCUGCUCGUGUCAGAAGGGCUACACAGGAAAUCACUGUGGACAGCCUGUGUGUGAGAGCGGAUGUCAAAACGGCGGACGUUGUAUUGGACCAAACAGAUGUGCCUGCGUCUAUGGUUUUACUGGGCCGCAGUGCGAGAGAGACUACCGGACCGGGCCGUGCUUCACACAGGUCAACAACCAGAUGUGCCAGGGUCAGCUAAGUGGCAUCGUGUGCACCAAGACAUUGUGUUGUGCCACCAUUGGCCGAGCGUGGGGUCACCCGUGUGAGAUGUGCCCUGCCCAACCCCAACCUUGCCGAAGGGGUUUCAUUCCCAACAUCCGCACUGGUGCAUGCCAAGACGUGGACGAGUGUCAGGCCGUCCCGGGACUGUGUGCUGGAGGAAACUGCAUUAACACCGUGGGCUCGUACGAGUGCAAAUGUCCCGCGGGUCACCGGCAAAGUGAGACCAGCCAGAAGUGCGAAGAUAUCGACGAAUGCACAACCAUAUCCGGAGUGUGUGACGGCGGAGAAUGCACCAACACCGCCGGCAGCUACGUGUGCACCUGUCCGCGCGGAUACAUCACCAGCACAGACGGGUCCAGAUGUGUCGAUCACCGGGUCGGUACGUGUUUCUCGUCUUUGUCGAACGGCCGCUGCGCGGGUGAAUUGUCCGGUCAGUACACCAAGGGACAGUGUUGCUGCGACACGGGCCGCUGCUGGGCCCUCGGACACAUCCCAGAGAUGUGCCCCGUCAGAGGAUCUGAUGAAUACAGGCGACUGUGCAUCCAGAGGCUUCCUUUUGGCACCGGCAUCAUCCACGACGGCAACAGCGGUCUGAACAUCGGCGGUUACGGCAAAGGACCUUCGCAGAACGGAAACAACGGCGGUGGCAGCUACAUUUACGGCGGCGAACACAACAAUGGAAACGGACACGGGAACGGGAACGGAAACAACGGCGGCCAGAAGGGAAACAACGGCGGUGGCAGCUACGGAAACAACGGCGGCCAGAAGAUUCAAAUCAGUGAGUUGAAAUCACUGAACGAGACCACGAUCGACGUGUGCAAGCAUUUCACCAACCUGUGCCUGAACGGCCGCUGUAUUCCCACACCGACCAGCUACCGCUGCGAAUGCAACAUGGGCUACAGGCAGGACGUGCGCGGCGAGUGCAUUGACGUGGACGAGUGCAACAGUAGCCCGUGUGUGAACGGAGACUGCGUCAACACGCAAGGAUCAUAUCACUGCAAAUGCCACGAGGGAUACCAGGGAACGCCCACCAAACAGGCCUGCAUUGACAUUGACGAGUGUAUUGUGAACGGUGUUAUGUGCCGAAACGGACGCUGUGUGAACACCGAUGGAAGUUUCCAGUGCAUCUGUAACUCUGGCUUUGAAAUCAGCCCUGAUGGGAAGAACUGCGUCGACCAUGAUGAAUGUGCCACCACCAACAUGUGCCUCAACGGCAUGUGCAUCAACGAAGACGGAAGCUUCAAGUGCAUCUGCAAACCUGGUUUUGCGUUGGCACCCAAUGGACGCUACUGCACCGACAUUGAUGAAUGCCAGACCUCGGGCAUCUGUAUGAACGGCCGCUGCGUGAACUCCGAGGGCUCUUUCCGCUGCGAGUGCCCGCCAGGCCUGGCCAUCGGCGUGGACGGGCGUGUCUGCAUAGACACUCACAUGCGCACCACAUGCUACGGCGCUAUAAAAAUGGGCACUUGUUCGCGCCCGUUUCCCGGGGCGGUGACGAAGUCUGAAUGCUGUUGCGCCAACCCAGAACACGGCUUUGGGGAACCCUGCCAACCCUGCCCGGCAUUCAACUCAGCCGAGUUUCAAGCGGUAUGCAGCAGCGGACCUGGGAUCACCGCAGAUGGACGAGACAUCAAUGAAUGUGCUUUGGAUCCAGACAUCUGUCAAAACGGUAUUUGCGAGAACUUGCGCGGGAGCUACCGUUGCAUCUGUAACAUCGGCUACGAGUCUGACGCUAGCGGAAAGAAUUGCGUGGACAUAAACGAGUGUUUGGUGAAUCGGUUGUUGUGCGACAACGGCAUGUGUAGAAACACGCCCGGAAGUUACACUUGCUCUUGCCCCAAAGGAUUCUCCUUCAAAGCCGAUUCUGAGACGUGCGAAGACAUCAACGAGUGCGACUCCAACCCCUGCAUCAACGGCGUGUGCCGCAACAUAGCCGGUUCCUUCAAUUGCGAAUGUUCCCACGGCAGCAAGCUGGACUCCACCAACACCAUCUGCGUAGACAGCAUGAAAGGAACCUGCUGGCUGAACAUCCAGGACGGCCGCUGUGAGGUGAAUAUAAACGGGGCGACGCUGAAGUCCGAGUGCUGCUCUACGCUGGGGGCGGCCUGGGGGAGCCCAUGUGAACGCUGUGAAAUCGAUCCUGCCUGUUCGAAAGGUUUCGCUCGCAUGAAAGGUCUCGUGUGUGAAGAUAUUAACGAGUGUGAGGUUUUCCCGGGCGUGUGCACGAACGGCCGGUGUGUGAACACUCAGGGCUCGUUCCGGUGCGAGUGUGCCGAGGGACUCACGCUGGACGGAGCCGGACGCACAUGUGUUGACAUCCGAAGCGAGCAGUGUUACAUGAAGUGGGACGAGGACGAGUGUGUGGAGCCGCUAGCGGGCCGUUACCGGGCGGAUAUGUGCUGUUGUACGGUGGGAGCGGCGUGGGGCGUCGACUGCGAGGCGUGUCCCAAACCAAACACUCCCGAAUAUAAAAGCCUGUGCCCUCGUGGACCCGGGAUCGCCAACCGAGGAGACAUCCUGACUGGGAGACCCUUCUAUAAAGAUGUGAACGAGUGUAAGGUGUUCAGAGGCCUGUGCACUCACGGCACGUGCCGAAACACCAUCGGGAGCUUCAAGUGUCGUUGUGACAGUGGCUUCGCCCUCACCAUGGAGGAGAGGAACUGCACAGAUAUCGACGAGUGCACCAUCUCCCCGGACCUGUGUGGACAGGGCGUCUGCGUCAACACGCCGGGCAGCUUCGAGUGCGAGUGUUUCGACGGCUACGAGAGCGGCUUCAUGAUGAUGAAGAACUGCAUGGACGUGGACGAGUGUGAGCGGGACCCUAUGCUGUGUCGUGGAGGCGAGUGUCUGAACACUGAGGGCAGUUAUGAGUGUGACUGUCCUCCGGGACACCAGCUGAGCACUGAAGCAUCUGCCUGUGAAGAUGUGAACGAGUGUCAGCUGAGCGAUAACCUGUGCAAGAACGGUCAGUGUGUGAACAUGGUGGGAACCUACCAGUGCUCCUGCAACACGGGAUACCAGGUGACGCCCGACAGACAGGGCUGUGUGGAUAUCGACGAGUGCACCAUCAUGAACGGCGGUUGCGACACACACUGCACGAACUCUGAGGGAAGUUACGAAUGCAGCUGCAGCGAAGGUUACGCGCUCAUGCCCGACCUCAGGACCUGCGCUGACAUCGACGAGUGCGAAGACUCGCCCGACAUCUGCGACGGCGGCCAGUGUACGAACAUCCCCGGAGAAUAUCGCUGCCUCUGUUACGACGGGUUCAUGGCCUCCAUGGACAUGAGGACCUGCAUCGAUGUCAAUGAGUGCGACUUGAACCCCAACAUCUGUCUCCACGGCGACUGUGAGAACACUAAAGGCUCCUUCAUCUGCCACUGUCAGCUGGGGUACUUCGUCAAGAAGGGCUCCACCGGAUGCACAGAUAUCGAUGAAUGUGAGGUCGGCGCUCAUAACUGCGACAUGCACGCGUCCUGCGUCAACGUUCCCGGGAGCUUCAAGUGCCGCUGUCGCGACGGCUGGGAGGGAGACGGCAUCAAAUGCAUCGAUGUUGACGAGUGUGUGACUGAAGAGCACAACUGUAACCCCAACGCCGAGUGCAUGAACACGCCGGGCUCGUACCGCUGCACCUGUAGAGACGGAUUCAACGGAGACGGGUUCACCUGCUCCGACAUGGACGAGUGCGCGGAUAACGUCAAUCUGUGUGAGAACGGCCAGUGUCUGAACGCCCCCGGCGGGUACCGCUGCGAGUGUGAGAUGGGCUUCACCCCCACUGAGGACAGCAAGGCCUGCCAGGAUAUCGACGAGUGCAACUUCCAGAACAUCUGUGUGUUCGGGUCGUGCCAGAACCUGCCGGGGAUGUUCCGCUGUGUGUGUGACUACGGCUACGAGCUGGACCGCAGCGGAGGAAACUGCACAGACAUCAACGAGUGUUUCGACCCGGUGAACUGCAUCAACGGAGUGUGUGUGAACCUGCCCGGCAGCUACCUGUGCAACUGCCCGCCGGACUUCGAGCUCAACCCGUCCGGAGUCGGCUGUGUCGACACGCGUGUGGGAAACUGUUUCCUGGACACUCUGGACCGGGGCGACGGCGGGAUCUCCUGCAGCGCUGAGAUCGGAGUGGGCGUGACCCGCGCGUCCUGCUGCUGCUCGCUGGGCGGAGCCUGGGGGAACCCCUGCGAACUGUGCCCGCCCAUCAACACCUCCGAGUACAAGACCCUGUGUCCCGGAGGAGAAGGCUUCCGGCCCAACCCCAUCACGGUCAUCCUGGAGGACAUAGACGAAUGCCAGGAGCUGCCCGGCCUGUGUCAGGGGGGAAACUGUGUCAACACCUUCGGCAGCUUCCAGUGCGAGUGUCCCGGCGGAUACUACCUCAACGAGGAGACGCGCAUCUGUGAAGAUAUUGACGAAUGUACGGCACACAUCGGCAUCUGUGGCCCGGGAACCUGCUACAACACGCUGGGAAACUACACCUGCGUCUGUCCACCCGAAUACAUGCAGGUCAACGGAGGAAACAACUGCAUGGAUAUGAGGAAAAGCGUGUGUUAUCGUAACUUCAACGACACCUGCGAGAACGAGCUGUCCUUCAACAUGACCAAGAAGAUGUGCUGUUGCUCGUAUAACGUGGGCAAAGCCUGGAACAGACCGUGUGAGGCCUGUCCGACGCCGGCCACCACCGAGUACCAGCUUCUGUGUGGAAAUCAGGCUCCUGGGUUCAUCAUCGACAUUCACACUGGAAAACCUACUGACAUCGACGAGUGUCGCGAGAUCUCGGGCCUCUGCGCUAACGGCGUGUGCAUCAACCAGAUCGGGAGCUUCCGCUGCGAGUGUCGCAUGGGCUUCAGCUACAACAACAUCCUGCUCAUAUGUGAAGAUAUCGACGAGUGCAAUAGCGGCGACAACCUGUGCCAGCGCAACGCUAACUGCAUCAACAUCCCCGGGAGUUACCGCUGCGAGUGUUCGGCCGGAUUCAAGCUGUCGCCCAGCGGAGCGUGUGUGGACCGCAACGAGUGCCAGGAGAUCCCGAACGUGUGCAGUCACGGCGAGUGCAUCGACACGCAGGGCAGCUUCCGCUGUCUGUGCCACAACGGCUUCAAGACCACGCCGGACCAGACCAUGUGCAUGGAUAUCGACGAGUGCGACCGGCAGCCGUGCGGGAACGGCACGUGUAAGAACACCGUGGGCUCGUACAACUGCCUGUGCUUCCCCGGGUUCGAGCUCACACACAACAACGACUGCAUGGAUGUGGACGAGUGCAGUGUUCACUCCAGUCAGGUGUGCAGAAACGGCCAGUGCAUCAACAGCAUGGGCUCCUUCAGGUGUCUGUGUCUGGACGGGUAUAACCUGACGCCGGACGGCAAGAACUGCGUCGAUAUCAACGAGUGUGUGACGCUGCCGGGCGCCUGCCAGCCGGGAACAUGCCAGAACCUGGACGGAUCCUUCCGCUGCAUCUGUCCUCCGGGAUACGAGGUGCAGAACGACAAGUGUGUGGACAUCAACGAGUGUAACGUGGAGCCCAACAUCUGUCAGUUCGGCUCGUGUAAGAACACGCCGGGAAGCUUCCAGUGCCUCUGCCAGCCCGGCUUCGUCCUGUCCGACAACGGGCGCCGCUGUUUCGACACGCGCGAGAGCUUCUGUUUCACACGCUUUGAAGCGGGUAAAUGCUCCGUGCCCAAACCACUGAACACCACUAAAGCCAAGUGUUGCUGCAGUCUGAUGCCCGGAGAGGGAUGGGGCGACCCCUGCGAACUGUGCCCGCGCGACACAGAGGCUGCGUUUCACACGUUGUGUCCCUACGGUCACGAGGCCGUCCCGAGCUCUGGAGGACGCGAGGACAUGAACGAGUGUGUGGAGAACCCGGGCAUCUGCGGAAACGGCCUGUGCAUCAACACCGACGGCUCCUUCCGCUGCGAGUGUCCCUUCGGAUACAACCUGGACUACACCGGCGUCAACUGCGUGGAUACGGACGAGUGCUCCAUCGGAAACCCUUGUGGAAACGGGACGUGCUCAAACGUUCCUGGCGGAUUCGAGUGUUCCUGUCAGGAGGGAUUUGAACCCGGACCCAUGAUGACCUGUGAAGACAUCAACGAGUGCGCUGUGAACCCGCUGCUCUGCGCCUUCCGCUGCGUCAACACCUUCGGCUCGUACGAGUGCAUGUGUCCCACGGGUUACGUGCUGCGCGACGACAACCGCAUGUGCCGAGACCAGGACGAGUGCGCUGAAGGCCUGGAUGACUGCGCGUCCAGAGGCAUGGCCUGCAAAAACCAGAUCGGCACCUUCAUGUGCAUCUGCCCCCCGGGCAUGACCCGCCGCCCUGACGGAGAGGGCUGUAUGGACCUGAACGAGUGCCGCAGUAAGCCGGGGAUCUGUAAGAACGGCCGCUGUGUGAACACCGUGGGGAGUUACCGCUGCGAGUGUAACGAGGGCUUCGAGUCCAGCUCCACGGGCACUGAGUGCAUCGAUAACAGGAAGGGCUUCUGUUUCACGGAGGUCCUGCAGACGAUGUGCCAGCAGUCGUCCACUAACCGCAACACCGUCACCAAGUCCGAGUGCUGCUGCAACGGGGGUCGCGGAUGGGGGUCGCUGUGUGAGCUGUGUCCUCUGCCCGGCACCGUCCAGUACAAGAGGAUGUGUCCGCUCGGACCGGGAUACACCACUGACGGCAGAGACAUCAACGAGUGUGUGGUGAUGCCCGACCUGUGUAAGAACGGCCAGUGCAUCAACAGUGUCGGCUCCUUCCGCUGCCAUUGCAACGUGGGUUACACCGAUGACUUCACUAGCACUUCCUGUGUCGAUCAGGACGAAUGCUCUCUGUCGCCGAAACCGUGUAACUUCUUGUGCAAGAACACUGAAGGCAGUUACCUGUGCUCAUGUCCCAGAGGAUACAUCCUACAGCCUGAUGGGAAGACCUGCAAAGAUUUGGACGAGUGCUCAACCAAGCAACACAACUGUCAGUUCCUAUGCGUCAACACGAUCGGUGGUUUCACCUGUAAAUGCCCCACGGGCUUCACGCAGCACCAGACGGCUUGCAUAGACAACAACGAAUGCGGCAAUCAGCCGAACGUGUGCGGUUCCCGCGCCUCCUGCCUGAACACUCCCGGCAGCUUCAACUGCGAGUGUCAGAAAGGCUUCUCACUGGACGACACUGGACACAACUGUGAUGACGUGGAUGAAUGUGGCGGAAACCACCGGUGCCAACACGGUUGCCAGAACAUGCUGGGAGGUUAUCGCUGCGGCUGCCCGCAGGGUUAUGUUCAACACUACCAAUGGAACCAGUGUGUGGAUGAGAACGAAUGCGCCGGGAACCAACUCUGUGGGUCGGCGUCUUGCUACAACACUCUGGGCAGCUAUAAGUGCGUGUGCCCGUCAGGUUUCGACUUUGAGUCUUCUGCCGGCGGCUGCCAGGAUGUUAAUGAAUGUGCCCAGGGCAAUAACCCUUGCAGCUAUGGCUGCUCCAACACAGACGGCGGAUACUUGUGCGGAUGUCCUGGGGGCUUCUACCGAGCAGGACAAGGGCACUGCAUCACAGGAGUGGGCUUCCAGGGUCAGUUCGGCUCGGAGGGAGCGGAUGACGAAGACUCGCUCUCACCAGAGGCCUGCUAUGAAUGCAAGAUCAAUGGUGACCUGGGAAAGAAAGGCCGUCAUAGGCGCAAUGCUGGUGAUAAUGAGCUCAAGGAGACGGUGAGCAUGGCCAGCAUGGAUGUUCAGACCUCCAUCCCCAUGAACCUGAGUCUGGCGCAGCUACAAAACAAGGAACCCCUUCUUGAGUUGCUUCCAGCCCUGGAGCCGCUUGAGCACCAUGUGCGCUACGUUAUAACGCACGGAAACCAGGGCGAACACUUCCGCAUCCUGGAGCGCCGCGAUGGGAAGAGCGUUCUGCGGCUGGGCCGGAAACCACCCACUCCAGGUUUGUACCGCCUGGAGAUCGCCAGCUUGCGCCUGUUUGGUCCGCGCAAACUUCAGGACCUGGAGGACCAGCAUGACAGCGACUACUUGCUGGGCGAGAUCGGUGAUGCACUGCGCGUCAAGCUGCACAUCCACCUGCACUGAGACUGACCCUUGACCCCGUGCCCUUCACUGCAGGGCGUAAGCUCUGAGAAACUGUGUCCAUUUACCCCCACAUUUUGGAUUCGUUUUUAUUCGCCAUCCCUUCACGUCAACGCCCACUGAUUCUACCAAGUUUGGUGGAAAAUGUACACACAAACCAUCUUAAAUUAGCCGGAGUGCGUUAGCACUAGUAUUAGCGCCCACUUUUACAAGAAAUUUCAGUCUUUAGUGCACAUAAAACAUUGCAUUAUAGAUGAUGACUUUUCACUCAUCUCAUUAUCUCAAUGCAAACUGGGGUCAAAGUUUAUUCCAUUCAGUAUUUAGAGUCAAGUAUUGUACUGUUAACGAUGAAAAAAGAGGUCACACAAAGGACUGCAGCAACUACGGCUAUUUUUCAGGUUGAAAUGAGAGUUGAGCGUUCAAACAACUCGAAAAUGAAACACGUACUUUUAGGUUUCUGGGAUUUUCUGGAGUGUUUGCAUGAGCUGCCACAUCGCGUUACCUCAUUUUACACACAUAUACAUACAGCCGUUAGGACAGGAGUGGUGCUAAACGCUCAAUUUGCACUAGGGCUCCUCUGCGUGUUUAAAUCAGGGAAAUUUCAUUCCAAAAAUGGCACCAUCCAAAGGGUUUUCGAAUAUGCGUGUGAUGUAGAACAAACACUCGCACAUACAAUUCAAACCAUUUUCUUCUCCAUACUUGUGUGCUCUUGUCUUUGUAUUUGACAGACACAAACAAAGCAUAUAUGAAUGGAGAAUUGAAAGCCUGCUGGGUAAACCAACCAGAUGCCAUUUUUGAUUGCAGCUUGAGUCGUGCGGUCUCAGUGGUACAUAAGGUUUGUUUGGCAAGCUGUCCUCCAAAACACUCCAGAUGUGGACAUGCAAACACAACUUUUCAACUUCAUUGUGGGAACGAAUUCUUAGUUUCUCAGUAAAUCGCAUGGUGCUAUGAUUCCAUCUUCCGUCGUACUACGAACGUGCUUGAUUUGUGGAUUUCAAACGUGACGUUUUUUUUUUCAAAGGUCUUUUGUGUUUUUAUUUUUUAUUGUGUGAUUGUCUUUUGUACUGUCUCAAUGCUGAAAAAAAAAUCAAUACUAUCAAAGCUUGUUGAAAAUUUAAAUUGUAUAUUUUAAAGUGAAAUGUAGAUUUUGUUUGUGUGUAUUCUUGAGCAUCAAGACUGCCAAACCAAAUAUUUACUUGUAAACAUUAGAUAAAUAGCCUCUAAGAGCUGUUGACUUUUUGUUUUUCCUCUGAAGACGGACAAUCAAUGAUCACAGCGUCCUUAACUGUCACUGAGACGUCACUGUUUACAUGAGCCUGUCCAUCCAUCAUCUAAACGCGUCAUUUGGUUGCGACGACUGUUUUCAAAGGCUGUGCCCUGAAUUUAAUCUUCAGGACAUUUGAUUUAAACAAGGAAUUUGGCCAUUUUGAUGAAAUAGUUUCUUGAACAUCAGAGUAACUGCACUGUACGACAGCCUGAGCUAUAUUUAUGCAUAACCAUUGGGAACUUUGUAUACUUUACACAUCUUUUUGGUUUAUUGAUGCCACUACAUGUAAAAGAGCGAAUGUGCGUGACUGUACUGUAUGUCAAAAAUCAACAGCAAACUUGAAAUAGUCAUCAAGCUGGUGUUGAGUUACGAACUUCAGACCAAAGAGAGUGGACCAGGUCGCUCAGGAUAAUGAUAAAUCUCUAAGGGCGUCUAUAUGAAAUUUUUGAGCCAUAAAGAUCCGUGACGGAGAAACCUGAGCGCCUGCUAAUGAGUAAUUCCAAAUGCAAUGUUUUUUAUACUGUUUUCGAUUGGAUGCAUCCAUCUGUCAGAUCCGAGUGAUCCGCACAAUGUUCAUAAACAUCUGUAUGAAACAACAAAUGGCAAUAAAACAUUGGUUAUAUUUUUAAA